UGUUGCCAAAGACUAUGUGCGUCUGAUGAAGUAUGGAGACUCUCUGUAUCGGUGUAAACAGCUGAAGAGAGCCGCUCUGGGUCGUAUGUGCACCAUCCUGAAGCGUCAGAAGUCGAGUCUGGAGUAUCUGGAACAAGUGCGUCAGCAUCUGUCCCGUUUGCCGUCCAUUGACCCAAACACCAGGACCCUGCUCCUGUGCGGUUACCCCAACGUCGGCAAGUCCAGUUUCAUCAACAAGGUGACCCGAGCAGAUGUCGACGUCCAGCCGUAUGCUUUCACCACCAAGUCUCUGUUUGUGGGUCACAUGGACUACAGAUAUCUCCGCUGGCAGGUGGUGGACACCCCCGGGAUCCUGGACCACCCCCUGGAGGAGAGGAACACCAUCGAGAUGCAGGCCAUCACGGCUCUGGCUCACCUGCGAGCGGCGGUUCUUUACGUCAUGGACGUAUCCGAGCAGUGCGGUCACACCCUGCAGGAACAGCUGGAGCUCUUCAACAGCAUCCGACCCCUGUUCGCCAACAAGCCUCUCAUCGUUGUGGCCAACAAAUGUGAUGUGAAGAAGAUCGUCGAGCUGUCUGAGGAGAACCAGAAAAUCUUUGCAGAUCUCACUGCUGAGGGAAUCCCAGUGAUUGAGACCAGCACGCUGACCGAGGAGGGAGUCAUGCAGGUUAAAACUGAGGCCUGCGACCGACUCCUCGCCGAUCGUGUCGAGAGCAAGAUGAAGGGCAAGAAGGUCCACGAUGUUCUCAACCGGCUGCACCUGGCCAUGCCCGCCAAGAGAGACGAGAAGGAGAGGCCUCCGUUCAUCCCAGAAGGAGCCUUGAUUCGUAAGAAGGCGAUGGAGGUGGACGCACCCAAACGCAAGCUGGAGAGAGAUCUGGAGGUGGAGCUUGGUGAUGACUACAUCCUGGACCUACAGAAAUACUGGGAUCUGAUGAACGAGGACGAGAAGCAUGAUAGGGUCCCGGAGGUUUGGGAGGGCCACAACAUUGCAGAUUACAUCGAUCCCGACAUCAUGAAGAAACUGGAGGACCUGGAGAAGGAGGAGGAGCUGAAGGAGCGAGCCGGGGAGUACGACUCUGACGACGAGAGCGAGGACGAGGACAUGCAGGAGAUCCGCGUUCUGGCCAAACAGAUCCGCGAGAAGAAGCAGCUGCUGAUCGUGCAGUCAAAGGACAAGGACGUGCACGGGCCCCGCAUGCCCAGGACCACCACCAAGGUUGAAAGAAAGAAGCUGGAGAAGGAGAUGGGUGAACUCGGUCUGGACAUGAAUGACAAGGAUGAUAGCCACUACGCACAACAGGCCCGGCGGUCCCGAAGCAUCACUAAGAAACGCAAGCGUGAAGCUUCGGCCCCUCCGACCUCCAAAACCCGCAGCCAGAGCGCCUCCCGUCCACCACGAGACCAGUCUGGAAUACGGGAUCCAAAGAUGGCAAAGAAGGCAAAGAAGAUGAUGAAGAACUCCCAGAAAGACAUGAACCGCCAGGGCAAGAAGGGAGAGGCCGACCGACACGUGUUCGACCUCAAACCCAAACACCUCCUGGCCGGGAAGAGGAAGUCGGGCACCAACGAUUACAGAUAAAACUGCUUUUUCUGGACUGUUUCUGGACACACAAGCUUCUGUGUGGAUAUAAUGUUUGUGUUUUCAUUCUACACAUUUUCCCACAGCAGUAAAAAAAAAAAAAAAAAGAACAUCUUUCCUUUUUUAUAGAGGAAACUCUGGUCAUUUAGUAUUUUUGUGACAUGGGAGCGUCGUCCUUCAGGAUGCUGGCGCCAUAGAGAACUGUAAAACUGCUGGGGGGAAAAAAAAACAUUUAAAUGAUUAGUAAUUAUAAUAAUAGUGUGUCAUUUAUUCGUCAGAUCUCAAGUUUUUGCUCACAAAAGUUUAAACAUAUGGAAGGACUGUAUAUGGAAAAGCAGAGACUCGGGAACCAGUUGUGUGAUGGUUAAUGUCUUUUGUUUCCGCAGUUGACAUAUUUAAACUUAGACCCUGAUUAACAAAUGAUGUGUUAACUAUAAUUCAGUUGUUAAACUGAUUUUGUAUACAAGUUUUUCUCUUGCUAAUAGCAGUUGCGUGAGCUUGUAUGUGGCCAAUGCUGGGUUUACUUUGGAUAAAGUGAUGAUGAUACAUCCUGUAAAAGUGUCCCCUUUGAGUAAUAUUCAUUAACGAGGGAGCCAAAUAAAUAUACACCGGAACUAAA